GAUGCCGCUGAAAGAGGAGAGUCAAGACUUUAAUGAAAUGGAAGAGAAAAAUCAGUAUGAGAAAUGUCAUGAUUUUAUGGCCAGGGAAAAAUCUUUUACUUACUCACCGACUCAAAAAACAGAAACUAGAUACCUUGAAUUCCAGAUGAGAGUUCACACUGGAGAGAAGCCUUAUGUCUGCCAGCAGUGUGGAAAGAGAUUUAUUCGAAAAGACUACCUUAAAGUCCACAUGAAAAUUCACAGUGGAAAGAAGCCUUUCACUUGCAAACAGUGUUUGAAGAGUUUCUCACUAAAAGGAAAUCUUAACAUUCACAUGAGAAUCCAUGCUGGAGAGAAGCCAUUCGUGUGCUCACAGUGUGGAAAGAGUUUUAAACAGAAAAAGUACCUUAAUGCCCACGUGACAAUUCACACUGGAGAAAAGCCUUACACCUGCAAACGGUGUGGGAAGAGCUACAAAAGAAAUGAAAAUCUUAAAAUUCACAUGCGAAUUCACACUGGAGAGAAGCCUUACACCUGCAAGCUGUGUGGGAAGAGUUUUACACAAAAAGAAAAUCUUAAAAUUCACACAGGAAAUCACACUGGAGAGAAGCCGUUCAAAUGCUCUCAGUGUGGAAAGAGUUUUAAACAGAAAAAGUACCUCAAUGGCCACAUGACAAUUCACACUGGAGAGAAGCCGUUUGUUUGUGAUCAGUGUGAAAAGAGUUUCAGGUAUAAAGCGCACCUUGAUCUACACAUGAGGAGUCACUCAGGAGAGAACUGUUUUAUAUGUCAGCAGUGUGGAAAGAGCUUCUCACACAAAGGAAACUUUGAGAAUCACAUGAGAGUUCACACUGGAGAGAAGCCUUUCACCUGCCAAGAGUGUGGAAAGAGCUUCACAAAUAAAGGAAACCUUAAGAUUCACAUGAGAGUUCACACUGGAGAGAAACCUUACAAGUGUCUUCAGUGUGACAUCAGUUUCCCAUAUCACACAAACCUGAAACGGCAUUUGCAAACUCAUUCUGGAAAGAAAUUCCAAACCUCUUGCCACACUGAGGAAAAUGGCAAUUUCAACAAUCAUCUGCGCAUUCACUCUGAAGAAAGACAGUUCAGUUGUGAUCUGUCUAAUUAAAACAUUACAUUAACACAUUCAUAUGAAAAAUCAUGUAAAUGUGAGAACCUGAUUGUGUUCUUUGUUAAUUCCUAUUCGGACAGAAUUAGUUUUACAUGGAGAGGUGGGAUAAAGUAAGUGUUACUCGUCUGAAUGUGCCAUCUCAGUAAUCAUUAUGGACAAUGUCAGUAAAGAUUAUGGGUGACAUUCUCUAAAAAGAUCCAGAAGAAUUACCUCAGGUAAAACUAAUCCCAUGCGAAUAGACCAGCUGUAAAUAUGUAAGUAAAUAUUCCAUCUUUUACUGUUUAAAAGUAGCUUUUUUUGUGGUUUUUACGAGUAUGGAGGCACUUGAAGAAGCAUUCCGUUGCAUUCCAGGCAGUGGGACAAGUCUGUGGCAAACCUCAAGGGUUUUCAGCAUAUCAUUCAGAUCAAAAAGAAGGUCAAAAGUACUUGUUAGAGGCACAAAACUUCUUUUAGCUUUAGGUAAGUGCCUAAUCCCAUCUGAAUAGGGUUUUACAGAAUUCCUUUACAGCAGAGUUCCCUUACAAAAAAAUAAGUUUAUUUAAAGGGUUAGUUCACCCAAAAAUGAAAA